AUGAAACAGCCUGUAUUGAGGAAAGAAUAAGCAAGCCUCCCUCUCUACAUUUCCAAUCAACAGGAGAGCAGGCAUCACAAAGGUUUCAAGUAGCCUUUAAUGACACUCCCCUGUCAAGAGGGAAAAGAUGGAGGCCUUGACUGAACACAGUGUCUCCCUCUGACGAAAUUCCCACUCUGAAGGUGGAGCUCCAACAAAGACACAUCCAAGAGAACCGAGCCCUCCAGGGCUUUCCUGGGGACAGGCGCCACCGGCUGCAGGAAGUACCCUGGGCAGGCCUGCAUGGACAUCCCCAUCAGCAGCAGAGACUUCCGCUGCCUACAGCUGGCCUGUGUGGCCCUCGGCCUGGUGGCCGGCAGCAUCAUCAUUGGUGUGUCCGUGUCCAAAGCUGCAGCUGCCGUGGGUGGCAUCUUUAUUGGCGCCGCCGGUCUGGGGCUCCUCAUCUUGGCCUACCCGUUCCUAAAGGCUCGGUUCAACCUGGACCACAUUCUGCCCACCAUAGGGAGCCUGAGAAUCCACCCCCACCCAGGGCCAGACCAUGGGGAGGGAAGAUCCAGUGCCAAUGGCAAUAAAGAGGGAACCCGCAGCAGCCUGUCCACGGUGAGCAGAACACUGGAGAAGCUGAAGCCAGGGGCCCGGGGGACUGGGGAGGGCUGAGGCAGGGGCUGAGGGGCUACACCCUGCCCUCCCUGCCUGCUACCCUGAUCUCACAGCCCUCCUGGGUCCAAACCAGAGGUGAACCGGGCCCUGGAGACACCAGCCCUGCAUUCGCUUGGGCAAAGCUCUUGCAAAUGGAUUCCAUGUGGCAGCAUUGGGCAGGGCCUGAAGCGGGGUACUGCUGGACGUUCCACAGGGGGCCCUUGUAUCAGGAUUUUGACCUGGUUUUUUCUCUCUGGACUGCAGCUCAGCAUCCUUCCCUUUUUGAUCUACUCACUGGUUUCUCUGGAAUUUGGGGCCAGAGAUAUCUCAGUCUCUUGCUCCAGGCUGGCCACAGAAAUGAACCACAGGGGGCGCCUGGGUGGCUCAGUUGGUUAAGCGACUGCCUUCGGCUCAGGUCAUGAUCCCAGAGUCCCGGGAUCGAGUUCCGCAUCGAGCUCCCUGCUCGGCAGGGAGUCUGCUUCUCCCUCUGACCUUCCUCCCUCUCAUGCUCUCUGUCUCUCAUUCUCUCUCUCUCAAAUAAAUAAAUAAAAUCUUUAAAAAAAAAAAAAAGAAAUGAACCACAGGCCCACAGCAACCACAGAUGGGAUCCCUCAGCCCUUAAGGCCUGGCCCUGGGCCUCUAGAGCUCACUGGCUAGGUGGAGGGGCUGGACCAGAUUUUUUCAGGUUCGCAAAAACUCUGGGCAACUCCUCAGGGACAGGCUCUUUGCAGCAGUGAACCGGAUAGGAGCAUGGCCUGGACAGACAAAAUGGUCACUGCCAUGACGCGGAGGCCAUUUGAGGCACCGACCCAGAGGCUUCCAGGAGGAGGUGGCUCCUGAGCUGAGUCCUGUCCUGACUCUUGUAUGUGACUCCACCCUUCAAGGCUUUUGGUGAUCUGACUCCAGACAAGACGCCAGCCUUCCCUCUUCGCCCCCGCCCUCUCACUGCUCCUGAACAAUCUCAAACAUUCCAGCCUCCAAGCUUUGGCUUGUGUUCUCUUGGAGGCCUCCCAUUCCUCUCUGCCCACCUCGGGGGCUCAGUCGGUUAAGUGUCCAUCUUCAGUUCAGGUCAUGAUCCCGGUGAUCAAGCUCCGCAUCGGGCUCCCUGCUCAGCGGGGAGCCAGCUUCUCCCUCCGCCCCUUACCCUUUCCAUGCUCUCUCUCUCUCAAAAAUGAAUAAAUAAAAUCUUAAAAAAAAAAAAAAAAAGCGGGCGCCUGAGUGGCUCAGUCGGUUAAGCAACUGCCUUCGCUCAGGUCAUGAUCCUGGAGUCCCGGGAUCGAGUCCCGCAUCGGGCUCCCUGCUCAGCAGGAAGUCUGCUUCUCCCUCUGACGCUCCCCCAUCUCAUGCUCUCUCUGUCUCUAUCUCAUUCUCUCUCUCAAAAUAAAUAAAUAAAAUCUUUAAAAAAAAAAAAAAAAGCCCCCACCUUGAAAGGCCCAGUUCCAAGGAUCCCCUUAACACAACACCCUCCUCAUCCCCUUCCUUUGUCUGUGCCUCCCUCUCUCCACAGUGGCCAGGCAGGCUGAAGGCUUCUUUUUCACAGAACAAUUACUAAUCCUACUAAAACCUACUGUACGUUGCCCUUUUCU